AUGGCUAAGCUCUUCAUCGGCGGCCUUGCCUGGCACACCACUGACGAGACCCUCCGCGAGGGAUUCUCGCAAUACGGAACAAUCGAAGAAGCCAUCGUCGUCAAGGACCAUGACACCCACCGCAGCCGUGGAUUCGGGUUUGUCCGCUUCGCCAGUGAUGUUGAGGCCGACGCUGCCAUGAAUGCCAUGAACAACCAGGAAUUCGACGGCCGUGUCAUCCGUGUCGACAAAGCCUCGGAGUCGAGACCGCGCAUGGGUGGAGGUGGAUUCCAUGGACGCGGUGGCUACAACCGUGGCUACAACGGCGGCGGCUGGCGUUCCCAGCAGCAGGAGCCUGAGGCUACAGAGUAA